AAAAUUAAAAAAGAAAUAAAUAAAAUAAAUAAAAUAAAAAGAAAAAAAUUCGAAAUACAAAAUGUUUUUGAAAAACCUUUUACUUGAAAGCUUGUGGUGUUUUGUCUUGGUUCAAGCAUGCCAGGGAGAAUUAAUGUGCUACGUAUGUGACAACUGUCCUGUGAUUACAGCAGAUAUUCCACUUCUAAAUUGCAAUGAACAGUACUUCAAUUCGGACACCACAACCCGAACAACGACAAUCCGAACAACCAGCACAGAAACUGAAAGCACUUUGCUCGGCAACAGCGACACAUCUGCGGGAAUCUCAGAAUCUAUGACAACGAAAUUAACAACUACCACUACCUUGAAACCAACAGAGGCGAUGAAUUCAUCGUUCACUACGAUAGUAAUGGAGACAACAACGAUAAGUGCAACAGGGAAAACAACUAAAACAUAUCCUAAAACAAUUACACCUCAAGCAGAUAAUUCCAACUCUACGGAAGAUAUCAAUUUUAACACCGUCACCACCACCCCAGUUACUGAUAUCGAAGAGAAGAGCACGGAGAAUAAUUUGAGCGAGUCGAAAACAACAAAAGUUUAUUCAAGAUUAUCUGCACCUAAGUUCAAAAGUGACUUUAUGAGUUCUCAAAUAAACGAAACCCUUAUCAAACAUGGAGAAGACGAAACUGAAGACGAAAUAACAAGAUCCAAAAUCUUCAAGCCUUCAGAACAAUCGCGUAGUCGUAACGCGCGGCACACUACUGAUCAAAUCUAUAACUGUUUCAAAGUGGAAGCCAAAGUUAACGGAUCAACGAAUAUUGCACGUGGUUGCUCCCGCCGUACACCUCCAAAAACUGCGUGCGCACAAUGGCACGAAAUGCACAAUAAUAUGAAAAUAGAUGAAUGUUAUUCUUGCACCAGUUCAGAAUGCAAUGGCAGUUCAAUGGUAUCAGUAUCAGUGGCAACUUUACUUAUUGUUUUGGUAGCCGGAUGUUUUCACUAUCACUAAAAUGUGUACACUAAAACUUUUACAAAAUCAAAAAACGCACUAAGCUUUAAAAUAUACAAAUUAUUUAUCGCAUUAUUUUUUAACUUAAGUCACGUCACCAUUACAGUAAUUCGGAAAAAAAAUGAGAAAAUGAAAUUAUCUCCCAUGCCGUUCAAACCAAAUGUAGUAAAUAUGAGAACUUAAGGAAUCUAAAUAUUAUAACUUUGAUCUGUUAUACGAAUCAACAUGAUUUUAGAGUGUAUUAUUACAAUUUAAGUUGAAAUCUGUGUAGUUACUUUUCUAUGAAAGAAAUAAAAGAUUAAGUAAACAUGAAUCAAUCAAUACUAAAAAACAAGCAAAAUACUAUAAUGGACGAAGGCAAGCCAUUGAAAACUUUAGGCCAUCCUACAUCAUCUUUUUAUAUAAGGACUUUUUAAAUAAGACGUUAUAUGGGAAUUGGCCGCACAGCGGAUCGGUUCCAGAACAUUUUCAAAAGUGUUCGUCCUUGCGAUCGAACACG